CGCGUCCCGCCGCAUUAAAGUCAGAUAGCGGACCAUGGGGAGCAGGGGAAAACUUUUUAUACUGACAUGGUAGCGUAAUGACUCCUGUGUAACAUUCAUCUGGGAGUAGGCUCCCGGCGUGAGGAGGACAGGGUGCUUUAAGGGAAGAAACAGUCCAUCUGCCGGGGCCAACGGGAUCGGAAAGCAAAAAAAAAAAAAAAGAAAAAAGACGACUCUUAAGAUUUGAGAGCAGUCCAACAAUCAGCGGCGGAAAAGUCCGGUUCAGCCAUUUGAAUUGGAAAAGAUGAGCUUGUUGUCUGCCAUAGACACGAGUGCCUCCGUGUACCAGCCUGCGCAACUUCUCAACUGGGUCUAUCUCUCCUUGCAAGAGCCGCACCAGACGAGCGCGUUUGACGCGUUCAGACCCGAAGCCAACUCUUCCCAGAUCCCGGAUCUGAGCUUCAGCAAGACUCCCGCAGCGGCCGAGCUCAGCUCGCCCCUCAACUCCAACUAUCUCAACAACUUCUUCCAGCUGCAGCGAAACGAGGCCUUAAACAACAACGUGUAUAAGAAUGUGUCACCCUACGGCUCCCUGAACAACAUCGUGGAUGGACUCAAUUCCCUGACGGACCAUUUCUCAGACCUUUCCCUUUCUUCAGAGCCAAGGAAACCCAACAAAAGACCCCCACCCAACUAUUUGUGCCACCUGUGCUUCAACAAGGGCCAUUACAUCAAAGACUGCCCACAGGCCAGACCAAAGGGUGAAGGACUGACACCCUAUCAGGGGAAAAAAAGAUGCUUUGGAGAGUACAAGUGCCCCAAGUGCAAGAGGAAGUGGAUGAGUGGAAACUCCUGGGCUAACAUGGGACAAGAAUGUAUCAAAUGCCACAUUAAUGUCUAUCCACACAAACAGCGGCCUUUAGAGAAGCCGGAUGGCCUGGAUGUGUCCGACCAGAGCAAAGAGCACCCGCAACACCUAUGUGAGAAGUGUAAAGUCCUGGGCUACUACUGCCGCCGCGUGCAAUAAUCGUCUUUAUCCAGAGGGAGAGAGGAACUGUUGUGUCCCGAGUCCUGCCACCUGGCAUCCCGCCAGCCCAGUUCACAACCAGGUUCCCCUCCACCUUGCCCCGCGCGGGUCAUCCCCUCCGUGUUACCCCUCUGUAUCCAUAAAUGGUUGCUCUAAUACUGCCUUCCUUCUCUGCCACAGCAAUCCUCCCCCUCUCAGCCACCUUUGUUACACACAGCUCACUCAGUUUUCAUGUCUCCAUCAAUGAUUUUAUUGACCAUUAGAUCCGGAAAGGAGGGGAACGCGUUUACUGAGGAUCGAUCUCUUCAUGUGCUUUUCAUCAAAAGCGAAAAAGAAAAGUGAAAAUGACAUAUAUCAGCAACAGCAUUGCUCCAACUCUGUGUUUAACAGCAGCUGAUUAUUGUAUUGAUGAAUUAGCACUAGACAUGUAUUGGUGUCACUGACAAUAUUGAUCUAAAUACUUUACCUCACCUUGGGGUUUGUUGGCUUUGUGUUUACAGAGUUCUGCCUUCCAUUUCCCUGCCAAAUGAAGAGUGUGAUGAUGAAAUGAACAUUUAACCAGGUCUUCUAGUGAUGGUAUAAUGUAUCUAGAGGCCUCUUAUGUCUUGCCGUUUUAGGAUCAGCAGCACAUCUUAUUAACUGUGAAUUAACGGGGAUAAAUUGCCAUAUAUCCCUAGCUUACAUUUCGCAUAUUUAUUUCCUUUUUUGUCUAGUGUGCAAUUUGAAUUUUAACUGGGACAUAAAUAUAUAUAUAUAUAUAUAUGUAUAUAUACACACAUAUAUAUACAUGUAUAUAUGCACACACACACACAUGUAUUUUAUGUUUGUAUAUCACAUUAUUGUGUAACUGCUUCCAUGUGUCUUUAAAAUCUACUGUAAUUCAGUUAUGUAGAGUCGCUCCUCGACUAAAUUUUAGCUGGUCACGAUUUCGAUCCCCCACCAUCGCAGAGUCAUGUAUUGUCACGUGAGCUUUGAGAUAUCUGUGGUGUUAAGUUGUUACAGAUGCUAGGAAUAUUCUAUUAACAAAAAAGUCAAACAAGAAGAAGCUGAUAGAAAAUGAGAGGACCUGCCUACCACAGUUUGAGUCACAUUAUGAAACAUCGUUUUACAGGUUAGACUGUUAAAAUGGAUCAAACUUAAUUUAGAAAGAAAUGUAAGUUUCAAUUUUAGUACCAAAUGAUACCGGGCAGCCCGAUUCUGUGAGACAAAAUUGAAAUUUGAGAAGACAGUGUGUAGAAAAAGUUAAGCUUUUAAAGUUGAUUAAGUGAAAGAAGAAGUUGGAUUAGUGAUGUGUUGAUGCAGAAGAUUUAUAAGUUUAUUAAAAUAUAAGACGGUGGGAAUCAAACGGGCACAAAAUCAUGUUUUUAUAAAGUGCCUACUUUCAUAAACUUUAGCAUUUAAGGAAGACAAGUGCGCAUCUCGUUUAUGUAUAUGAUUGUACAGAUCCAAAGCACUUCAAAGGAAUUUCAUUUAGUUUUGAAUUAUUGAAACGUGCCUUUCAUGGAUCAUUUUGAAUAGGAAUUGUGAACUUUUUAACAUGUACUGUAUUUCAAAGCCUUACUAAAGCUGGCUGACAACAUUUUGUAUAGAAAUUUGCUUCAUGUGCCUUAUAAAGUGUCAAAAAGCGGCCAUCUGAAAUUUUGAUAAGAUGUGUUUUAGAAGGGCUCAGAGGUGGAGCAGGGUGCGUGCAUGUGGCAGCUGUGAUCUAGAGAAAGUUUGAGGAAGGUUUAAGAUGUGACAAAGUGAAAGACGGCCAGUGUUAGAGGCUGAACUGGCGUGGUUGGUGUUUGCUUCGAUGCAGUUUUGCUAGGCUGGAGGCACGGACAUGAGCCAGCACUUCCAGCUGGCAAUAACAAUCUUACUGUGGCCCGUUGUCAUGGAAUAUCAACAAAGAUCUUAUUUCCAAGUCAAUCCACACAACAGAAUGAAACCGUGGACCUCCUGCUUUGUUUUAUCCAUUUAUUCAAGGAACGGGGGCUUUUUUGAAGAAAAAAUACACAUGGUUACUCGCUGAACUGGGAGCGAUAAUGGUACAUUAGAGUGUGGAGAAAUUUACUUAAAUGCCGACUGUUAAGUUGAAAGGGCACUCCAGUGAUUCAGGAUGACUGUUUCACAAAAUUGAAAGACUUGCAAGACUAAAAACAUUAAAGAUGCACGCAGCGGAUGAGGCACCACCUAUUUUUCUUGUCUGUUAAAGCCUACGCUUAAAAUAAAUAACGUAAUGCACCGGAGCAUCUUUCAUAGAGUUCCCUGCAUUUUAAAUGUUGACAUGGCUGGCAAUAGUGUUUUAGUACGCCAGUUCAAACCUGGUAUUAUAAUGCAAUUGAGGGCCACCUCACCACUUGAUAUAAAUAAUUAAAUUAACACCUACACUAUUUCCAUUUGCAUUGACCAAAUGUGUUGUUUUAAAGAUGGAUUAAGCCGUUGCAUGCAGCCGUGCACUCCUUGUUCAUCAUCUGCAGGAAACGAACUGCUUAUGCAAAGGACAUCUGUAUGGAAGGUGGUCCUUCAAUGUGGCCCAGGACACGCUGCUUAAACGCAGAUAAACAAAAUGCGACCAUGUGCCGUGCAGACCAAGUAUAAGUGGAGUCUGAAUCACAUCAUCUCAGAGCACAUCGAGUCAUUCACACCUGCGGAUACGCAAUUUGCAGCGGAUGCGACCCCCCCCCCCCCCGGUUUUGCUACACCGGGUUUCUGCAGAAAUGCAGACACAUCUGAUUUACUUCAUACGUCGUCAUUCUGAUAUCACUAAGGUACUGAACCCUGGUGAAGCUCAAACAAAGUUCAAGUUCAAACAAAUAGUUAAACUAACCUUAGAUCUGUUAUUGGUUGUUAAAGAAUGUAAACUUGUUAGGGACUGAAACAGCAUGAACUGAGGCAGUUUUGAGUUGGAACAGAAUAUGUUUGCAGGAAAAUGCUAAUUAAUGUAAACAGAGAGCAAUGGAUCUAUGUCAAAAUAAAUUGCUAUUGAAGGCCUCUUAAAUAGACUCAAGAAUGCCUUUCCACGUAACUUACAGUGUGCCUUUUAACUUUGUACAUGUAAAAAGAAGUGUUUGUAAAGGCUUUACAGACUUAAAAGCUCUUUAUUUUUACCUGAGUCUAUUGCCCCCGGGACUAACAUCAAUUGUCAUACAUUCUUGCUCAAAACGGCUUCAAUUCACAUCUUUUUGCUCCAUAACCAAAGUUUCUGCUCCUUACCACCUAAUAUUAAACCUCGGGUUUGUUUAACUCUUGAACGUUCCUUUAACUGAGUAAAAUUGGUGGAGUGCCCCUUUUUAAAGAAACGAUUUGUCAAUUGCGCAUCUAUAUUUAGUCUCGUCAAAGGCCACCGCUGUUGGGAACAAUCCAUUUUUUCUUACUGUUAAUGUCUUUUCCUUUGUUGCAAUGUCGCUACUCUAUCAGAUAACAGGAACCUGACUGUCCAAGUCAUACCACGCCUGAUGCCUUAUGGAAUAACCUCAUAAAACAAGUAAAAAUGUCUAGCGAUUCAUGAAGUUCUGGCAGAACGGAAAUUAAUCCUGCGAGAGUGUUAUUCAGGCCAGAGACGUGUUACGAAGAAGUCCUUUUAAACGGCAAACCGUGAGCCAAUAUAAGCAGCUGAUGGGAUAUGCUUAAAAAAAAACAAAAUAGUUGCUUUUAGACAUAGUGUCUUGAAUUACUUGACUUUUCUUGUACCUUUGCAGUUCAAAUUUGUUAUUUUCUAUGAAUAUAGAUGUGUAUUUUGGAAGACUUAAUAGAUGUUGAAAAUUCUAAAGCAAUCUGCAGACUCGAGUUAUUUCCCUGAAAAAGAUCGAUAUUUUUUAUGUAUAUAUUUGAUGGCCAUCAUUUUCAAUGACGUGUUAAGCAAUAUUAAAGCUUUUUUUUGUGUGAAGAAGGGCCUAUUGCUGAGAAAUAAUCAAAGCUGGGAGUUUUUUUUGUUUUUUUUCCUUUGUUUUACAAAAAUCUGAGGGGUUAUCCUGCAGAAAUAUUUAUGGAGAGACUUUUUACAACACUUUUUUGUAUAGAAUAUGCAACAAAGUUACACAAAGAAGGAAAUAUUGAUAUCUGCAUAGAUUAUUAUAUUAAAAAAAGAAGCUGGUACAUAAUUAAUACCCUUUCUCAAUUACAAGCCAUUGUAUGUUUGUGUUUUGUUUUAUAAAGUUAUCAGUGUUGAUUAACCAUGUUACUCAGUUGCUAUGUGACUAAUUACGAGCUGCCAUUUACAUCCACACAGCCACGUGUAUUCAUUCUUGUAAACAAUAUUAUGAAGAUAUAUUGUGUUAAUGUGCAGAAAAUAGCUGUUUUUUUUCUUAUUAUUUAGUGAUGGAUAUUCACCACUGUAUAAGCACAUUAAACUGUGAGAUGUAGUUUGCUUAAAGCAGCAACAAGAAACUAUUAUAAAAGGUUUUCAGUAGUUUAGGAAGUAUAUACUUUCAUUAAGGAAGCCUGUGUGACAAAGAACUGUUUUAGAGUUUGCAUGUGCAUGUGUUUGGAGUUGAAUUAAAUAUUAUCCUGUGCAAUGUGUACUUAUUUAAAAUCUUCACAGUAGUUUGUUACAGUUUUUUAACUUUACCAGCUACGCCUGUUUAUUAGUCCUGAAGUUUUUCAUUUACCACGAGUGUAGCCUUUAUGAAUAACACAUAUUUACUGAAUGUAAUGUGUUAACACUUAUGUGGUCAAGUUGGAAAGUUGUGUUUGCAUUCUUUACUGUCUGUAUUGAGAUGUUUGUAAUGCAGUAUUGCAAUAAAUGUAAUGUUUGAAUUGGACAGAAGGCAGGCGUGAGGUUGGGAAGAUAACAGGAUUUUGGGGAAACAAGGACAGAGGAAGACCAGAAAGUCGACCACAGGUCUGUUAUUUUUAUGUCCAUGAAACGGCAUUCCAAAAUGUGCCUUAUUUGUUAGUUGGGAAAACAUUUUAGUUGCUUUUAGUGCUGUUGAGAGUUUGGUGAAUAAACUUUAAAUUGAAUUAUAA